UCCCUUUUUAAGGACGUCAUCUUCUCCUUCAAACUUCAACAGUAUGUCGAGCAGAAGAGCAAGAGCUUCCAGACUUACAGAAGAUGAGCUUAACAACCUCAUCUUCAAACUACACGCAUCCUUGCCACAUCAUUCUAACUCAACCUCUGAUAAAAAGACAAGUGCAGCAAAGAUUUUGAAAAGGACAUGCAAUUACAUAAAGAAGCUGCAGAAGGAAGUGGAUGAUCUAAGUGAUGGACUUUCUCAAGCUUUGGCUUCUGGAGAUAUCAAUGCCGCUGAUGCAGACACCAUUACCACAUUUUUACAGCUCUAAUAUGCCACAUUCAUUUUCUAUUACAAAACCUACAUGUUUCAUGCAUCUUAAUAUUAUAUACUCCCUCCGUCCCAUGGAUCUUGAGUCACUUUUCUUUUUCGGCCAUCCCACGAACCUUGAGUCAUUUUCCCUUUUAGCAAAAAAAUUCUCAUUUAUUCACAUUUUCAUUUUUUCACCUACCACACUCAACACACUAAAUACUAUUUUCUUAAUUCUCGUGCCGAAAAAAAUUGACUCAAGAUUCGUGGGACAGAUAUAGUAUAUUUAAUUUUACGUUUGUAAUGUAAUUUAUGUUCUUAGCGGUAGAGUAUUUAGAUGAAACUAUAUAUUUGUAAUAAAGAUCAUGUGUGAUACUAUAGUUUUCGAGAAAAGACAAAUUCGAUUGUCGUUGGGUUUUCCCACGAGGGUUUUCCUACAUAGAUUUUAACGAGGCUUGGCUCUUAGCCUGCAUUGUGCUUUCAA